UGACGGCCACGACCGCGCUUUCAAAAAGUGAACUUAAAUGUUGUGCCAUGCCAAAUAUCUUUAUCAUAGACAAGAAGAAGCCAAGAUGACCCUUGACGCCAUUUUUGUGAGUUUAUCAGCAACAAUGAAUCGCUACACACCUGUGGAGAGGCUAUGUAGCGGCUACUACGGCUCAGAUCACCGUGUGAGAGAGCGACGUCCCGGCAAGAAGGAACGGAGGGUGAAACUGGUGCCGUGCGGUAGCAGAGAGUUCGCCCUGCGAGCACUGAGCGUGUAUAGGGAGCUGGCCUACCUGCCCAAGCACGAGAAUGUGGCCAAGGUGAAGGAGGCCUUCCUGCACCGUCAACAAGGCACCAUGUACCUGUGCUCGGUGGGCAAAGAGUACGGCGGUCAAACCCUGAACGAAUUUCUGCUGCAGAAGCACUCGGGGUUAACAGAUGAAGCCUACAAGACGCUGUUUCUGCAGAUCACCAGCGGACUGUCCUACCUGCACUCCAACAACAUCGCCCACAACACACUGACGCCUUUCAGCGUGGUCAUGACGGAGUUCCACAACGGCAACGGUGUGGCCAAGCUGACCGAUUACGGCUUGGCCCAGCUCUGCCUGCAGGCCACGGAUGAUUGCUACGAUCUAGAGGAAGGGCGGUCCCUUAGCCUGAUGUACGCCCUGCCUCCCGAGGCUUACCAACCCACGUGGGGGAGGGAGUUCGAUAAACCAAACAGAGCCGCUGAUAUCUUCAUGCUGGGGAUGCUCUUCAACGCAGUUGCUGACCACUCCCUCCUCCCGGUCCCUGAAUCCCAGAAGAAGAACACACGAAGUGACAAUGACAACCAAAUGGUUCGGGUCUUUGCGACCGUCUUGCCGUUCCCCGGCUACGGGUCGGUGCCGGUCGGCAAGUUCCUUCACAGCAAUCCCAGCGUGGAUCUCGACCGCCAACUCUUCCGUACCGUCAGCCCAGACCUGCGACGCCUGCUUCGUAGGAUGGCCUUGCUUGAGCCCAACGACCGCCCAGCACCCACCGGGGUCAUACAGAUGCUGAACGCCUGCAAGGCGAUUCGGAAACCUACCGAAGAAGCCGACGACAGCACCUUCAAGAUGCCCCUAGCUCCGUUCAUGACUACCACCAACAGGAAGAGGAGGAGUUCCUCCAUCCCCUUUGAUCCUACGACCACCACAGCGCCGAAGAAGAACAGGAUGGCGGGCCCAGCUAAGGAAUGGGAGAAGGCGACAUCAGAGGCAGCGUCCAGCCUCAUCAGGCGGGCAUCUCUGCGAUUGUCUCAAAGAGCUAAAAGUGUUAGUGACUUCCUCAAUCAAAAGAAGUCCAUGAAAAUCACCGACUGAUGCCUACAGUGAUGUUUGUUUGAAAGCACAUUGUCCAAGAAUGAACGCGUUGCAUUCCCGGAUCGCCGACUGUGGACACGAAUAAAAUCAGAGACGAUAUUCUUCGUUAUUUUCUGAAAUGUUGUAUAAAUAAAAAGUGGCAAUAGGGAAUAUUGUGGGUAAACUAACAUGGUUCGACGGCCCAAAUGCUACAUGUCUGCAGAAUGUCAACAUUUGCGAAUCAACAGUCACCUAUUUGUGUAUAUAGGUCUAUACUUAAUAUAAUUUAGAUACACUGAAUCAGAGAAAACUUGGUGUUCCAACGCAUUUUUUUUUCAUCCGACAGGAUGAUUUCGAACACAGAAAACUGAAAUUGUCGUUUCAAAGUUUAAAUUUCAUCUUCAAAGAUAACAUAUUUCCCAAUGUUCACACUUUUUUGGUUUUAAUAAACAGCAGGGAAGUCAGAGAAAUAUGCUCAUUAUUUCUGUUCAUGAAAGAUCAGUCCCAUCACAUUUUUUGUUCACAUCUCUGGUCACUUGGACGGGAUCUGCUUGGAGUUUUAGCGCAGAUAUAAAGUGCAGUUUUGUACAUUCCCUAUACCACAAACGAUUCUGUUUUUUUUUCAAUACUUGUUGAAGGCUGCAUACCAAGUUACAAAAUAAGUGGAGACUAUAUAAAUUUUAAUAUUGGGACAGAAUGGAAAAAGGCUAAAAUUCAAUUAUUUUUUUUAGAGGGGGGGGGGGGCACUCAGUAACUAAAAAGGUGUGAAAUGGUGGAGAUAAUAAUUUCCAUGAGGUAUUUUGGCCAGAAAUCAAUACAUUUAUGUUUCAUUAUUCUCCACUCGGUCAUAGACCAGAUCUCUUCUCCUUUGGAAAUUGAAACUGUGGUAUAUUUUAAGUCAUCUUGUGUCUUUCAGGAACAAAACUGUUGCAAAAUGGCACUGCAGGCCAAGCGCACUUGCUUAGACAUUGCUUUGUACAUAAAACAUGUAAUUACUGUAUAAAGUUCACGGCUGUACAUAGUUAAAUUAUCAAGUACAUGUAGUUGAUUAUAUUGUGAUCAUUGCGUAAUUAUUUUAAAAAGUGACAUUUUAAAAGAAGUGUUUCUUGAAUCUCUCCAGCCAGUUGUCUAUGGGUGAUAUUUUAUCAUUUUAAGAGCAAAAUAAAAGGGCUUUUUGGAAAAAUAUUAAUAGGUUGACUGCAAACUAGCUUUUACAUUCUCAAGAAUGUUACUGGAUGUCACCCUUUUUUCUAUGUAAGCAUAGGAAACUUAUUGUAGGUUUUUUCAAAAAACCCGGACGAGAAACAUGUUUGUUUGUUUUUAUUCGGCCUUAGCAAUGCUGCAAACCUGGUUUACUUGAAAAGAAUUGCAUUAAAUGCCUGGAAAACUUGCCGCUGAGAAUUUGAAUUGAAUGAAUACAAAUGAUGGUAGAUUUUCAAAUUCCAUUUUCCAAUGCAUGUACUAUGAAUUUAUGGACUAAAAGAAUACUGCGCACAAAAUAACAGAACAUGCUCAUUGUUAAAAAAAAACCCCAACUAUGUCGAACUCAAUAAUCAACUCGACAAAGAGAUGUGUAACAUUCAGUUUAAUAGAAAUUUCAUUCAAUAGUAUACAGCAUCUGCAUCGUUAUUGCUUGACACAAACUAUUGUGUUCAUUCUAUUACCAUAUUACAUUUUAAUUUACUUACGUUAGCUAUCCAAAUAUACAUUUAACAUGAGUUAUUCCCCUCAUAGGAUCACCUACACACCAUGCAGUGACAUUGACAUUGAAGCACUGAUUUAAAAUACAUGUAAUUUUUUUUUUAAUUUCUAACAAAAAAGAAAAAGGCAAAUCUUUAAUUUAAUUGUUUUGAGGUUAUUUGCAAAGAGUUGUACUCUAUCAAAAUAGAGGAAAAGGAAAAAAACCGCAUAAAUGAAAGUGAUGCUAAAAUAAAUUGUAAACACUUUUCAAUAAA